CCGAAGGAAAAAAGUCUCACAGGGAAAAAUCAUAGCUGGCGUAACCUUGUUAAUCGUUUGUCGCUAGAGUGGUUUUGACCUUCCUUCUGAACUGCUUCGGAAAAAAAGUGGAAUAAUUUAUACAAUUCGCUUCAAACAUCUCACAUAUUGGCUCGAACUCAACUGAAGGGAGAGUUUAUGGGUGGAUCUUUUUCAGUCCAUGCUUAAACUUUAUCGAUUGGUGACCAUAAUCUAGUGUUGUGGCACUAUUUCAUCAGCGGAAGCGGAUUCUUAUUCUAAAAAAGAAAUGGCUAACUCUUCAAGGCCAAGGACCUUAGCGCGAUCAGUGAACGACACAUUGCAAGUGUACGGAGUAGCGCUUAUUUUCGCUUUUAUAUUUUUAAUUUGUUUGCCUUCUUGGUUAAGAUGGUGCUUCUUUUUUGUGUGUGGUGUAGUUUUUUUAGUGAACGUUUUGUUUCCUUUUGUGGAAGAUUGGAUGCCCAGAAGUCGGGUACAAGCUGCAGGAAAGGCUGUUUUAAUUACUGGAUGUGACAGUGGUUUUGGUAAUUCUCUAGCUCAGCGCCUGGAUGACUUAGGUCUGCAAGUCUUCGCUGGAUGUCUCCUACCUGAUGGUAAAGGGGCUGGUACCCUCAAGAAAUCAGCGUCUUCAAGACUCCAUAUCGUCCCUCUGGAUGUCACGAACGAUGAAAGUAUCGAAAAAGCAGUGAAAUAUGUCACUGAAAAACUUAAAGACAACAAAUUAUGGGCAGUUGUAAACAAUGCAGGCCUGAAUGAUGGUGGAGAAUUGUUCUGGACUAACAAUGAAACCAUUAAGCGAGUUAUUGAUGUUAACACUUUUGGUGUUAUCAAAGUUACUAAAGCGUUUCUUCCUCUUCUAGUGAAGUUUAAAGGACGAGUUGUAACAGUUGCUAGUGCCGCAGGUCGGUACACUUAUCCUGGUUUAGUUCCUUAUUGCAUGAGUAAACAAGCAACCGUCAGUUUUUGCGAUGGUUUACGGUUAGAAAUGUACAGAUUCGGUAUUAAGGUGGUAACAGUAGAACCAUGGAUGUACAAAACUCCUAUUACGAAUGAAAGAGCUAUAAACCAAUAUAUAGCGAAGUCAUGGGAUGAAGCCCCACAAGAUGUGAAGCAAUACUUUCCAAGUAAUUACUCGCAGCGUUUCAUCCAAAAUGUCAUGAAAUUCUUGACAUACUCCAUAAGUGAUAAACCUCAGGAAGUUGUGGACUGCUUAGAAGAAAGCGUCAUGGCCUUAACUCCAAAAUAUGCUUACAACCCAGGGACGGUUUACUCACGAUUUUCUUUCUGGUUCAUGAACAGAAUUGCCAAGCCACUUGCUGAUUUAGCCCUUCAUGACGAAUUUAUACUUAAAAUCGAUCCACCUGUUGCACAGAAAUGAAAUUGCUUGGACUAAAAUGAUGAUAUUUGAUUUGAUCUACAUGUAAGUGGGACACAUAUGAACAAAAUAUUUAUUUACCUUGUUCUGGGAUAAUUGUUUUCGGAAGUAGUUAUCUACUUUGGGGUCAAUUCUGUGGAAUUGUACAUGAAACAAUCACAUUUUGUUCUCAAAUAGUUAUUGUUUUAAAAUUCAAUUUUUAUACAUUUAUAUGCCGUUGAGUAUCUUGAAAAUGACUGACGAUACUAAUAAUCAAUUUGAUGAAAACGGAAGGUGAUAGAAAUGUGCGAUUUGCCGCCUUCUGCUUUGAAACCCAGCGAUUUCUUGACUUAAAGUUUCAAAAUUAGUUACUAAGUUUACCAACAGAUGGUACUACAAACUGAGAAAAACUACGAAAAACUAUUUUGAUAAAAACCACUAUUUAAAAGACGUUCGUGCAAACUUUCCAGUUAGAAUGAUCUAACAUGCCGCGGGAAACAUCUCUUUUAUUGGUUUUCCCAGUCAGCGCCGUUGUUUGUAGACGAACUUAGUAACUAAUUUUGAGAUUUGUUUCAUUUAUUUAUUUUUGUUGCCUACGUAGAACGCAGCAAACAGAAAAUCUCAAUCUUCUUCUUUCGAUUCUUUUUUUAAAUACAAAUAAUAAAGGGGCCUACCUGGCCGAACUGUAUCGCUCGUCAAACGCAAUGUGAAGCGUGGAGGUGGCGGGUUCGAAUCCCGUUGUUACCCUGGAUGUAUUCUUUGUGAUGUCCUUCUCUAAAUUGUUCUAUCUGUCCUUCUACUUGACAAAGGUUUAUAAGCCUAAAUUGAGCAAACAAGCCUGCAAAUGUAUGUAAUUUCACUAAACAAUAUAAAUAAUAAAUCAGGUAAUAAAUACACGCAUAUAAUAAAUACUACUGAGGAGUGUCUCAAAAUACAAUGGUCACGUAACGAGCCAAAUGACUUCAAAAUACAUCGGAAACAGUAACCCGAAGUAUAUGGAGUAAAGAGCUUGCAGCGCACCCUAGUGUAGAAAACCUUAUCCAUAGAAAAAGAGUUUAAUCUUAUUAUACCUGAUUUAGAUUUUUAUAAUGAAACUAACUGUCAUGUUAGAUUUUUUUUCCUCUGUGAUAUAUAUAAGUUAAAGAAUAUUUUUAUUUUGUUGAAGUAUUUGAUUAGGGACAAAUUUUUUAGAAUUUAUUUUCACAGUUUGCCUUUUUAAUAUAGAUCUUUUCGUAUAUAGGUAUAAACUAUUGUGAUUUACUAUUUGUAGCUUUUUUGAACAUAUUAAAAUAAAUCAUUUAUUAUUUUUGCUGAA